GGAAGUCUUGUAUAUAUGUCGCCGUAGCUGUUGGGGCAGGUUUGUAUGCAGCUGCAGCACCGUGGAGGGGACAACAAUGUCCAUCUGCUGAAAAGGACACGGCGGGCGCGGCCGUCGCCCGCGGCUCUACAACUUGAUAGCUUUGUGUGCAGACGCCACGCGUGCACGGCUGCACGCUGUCCACGGCGCGCCGGGUACGCCGCGGGCUUGGCACCCCAAUAGCAGUUGAUCAGAGCCUCCAAGCAACGCCACGUCGCCACCAACCACUGAACCACAUGACCCAGCCCAGGCUUGGCAGGUUCUACUCUUGACGCGCUACAAGGAUCCCAGAAUUUUCCUCGCGACAAUCACUUCGCAAAGUCUCAUCCUGGCGGCGGCCUAAUGCUCACACUGUCUCACAAAAACUGAGGCUUGCUGUUUACAAUUCAGAAAAUCGACCGUAGCGUUGAAGCAAUGCUGUUUCAGACCUUCCACCUGGCUACUCUGCUGAUCCUUAUCCUCGUUCCUGUUGGCCGCUGCGCCAACGACGCCACCGCCGGCAGCGAUGACGAGCAGUUCGUCUACAACGGCUUCAAGGGCGCGAACCUCACCCUCAACGGCGACGGCGCGUCCACCGUGACGCCGAACGGACUCCUGAUGCUGACCAACGGCACCAUCCAGAUGAAAGGUCACGCGUUCCACCCGUCACCGCUGCCGUUCCGGGACCCCGGCGCCCAGAACGCCACCGCCGUGCGGUCCUUCUCGACCACCUUCGUGUUCGCCAUCUUCGGCCCGUACAUCGACCUGAGCAGCCACGGCCUGGCCUUCGUCGUCUCAUCGGACAUGGCGGUUCUGUCCACCGCGCUGCCGGGCCAGUUCUUGGGCUUGCUCAACAGCACCGACAACGGCAACAGCAGCACCCACGUCUUCGCCGUGGAGCUGGACACGCUCUUCAACGCCGAUUUCCUCGACAUCAACAGCAACCACGUCGGCGUCGACGUCGACAGCCUGGUGUCGCGUGCCGCUGCGGACGCCGGGUACUACGACGACGGCACCGGGCAGUUCCGGAACCUGAGCCUGGUCAGCCGGACGGCCAUGCAAGUCUGGGUGGACUACGACAGCGGGGCAACUCAGGUCACCGUGACCAUGGCACCUCUGGGCUUGGCCAGGCCGAAGAAGCCGCUGCUGCAGACCACCGUCGACCUCUCUGGCGUGGUGCAGGACACCCCGGCGUACGUUGGGUUUACGUCGGCCACGGGCAUCCUCUUCUCGCGCCACUUCGUGCUCGGCUGGAGCUUCGCGUUCGACGGGCCGGCCCCGGCGCUGAACAUCUCGGCGCUGCCAGCCUUGCCGCCGGCGGGGCCCAAGCCGCGGUCCAAGGUAUUGAACAUCGUGCUUCCCAUCGCAACAGCCACGCUGGUGUUCGCCGUGGGCGUCCUGAUCUACGCCGUGGUGCGGCGGCGGAUCAAGUUCGCCGAGCUGCGCGAGGACUGGGAGACCGCGUUCGGGCCGCACCGGUUCUCGUACAAGGACCUGUACCAUGCCACCGGAGGGUUCAGUGACAAGCGGCUGCUCGGCGCCGGAGGGUUCGGGAGCGUGUACAGGGGCGUUCUCCGCAAAUCCAACACGGAGGUCGCGGUGAAGAAGGUGUCCCAUGAGUCGAAGCAGGGCAUGAAGGAGUUCAUCGCUGAGGUCGCGAGCAUGGGGCGGCUGCGGCACCGCAACCUCGUGCAGCUACUCGGCUACUGCCGGCGCAAAGGUGAACUUCUCUUGGUCUACGAUUACAUGCCGAAUGGUAGCCUCGACAAGUACCUCUAUGAUCGAAGCAAGGGUGCACUGGAAUGGCCUCAAAGAUUUCACAUCAUUAGAGGAGUGGCGUCUGGACUGCUGUACCUGCAUGAGGAUUGGGAGCAGGUCGUCAUUCAUCGAGAUGUCAAGGCAAGCAAUGUGCUCAUUGACGGCGACAUGAACGGACGGUUAGGAGAUUUCGGCCUCGCAAGGUUGUAUGAUCACGGAACUGAUGCGCAUACGACGCAUGUGGUCGGAACUAUGGGGUACCUGGCACCUGAAUUGGGCCAUACCGGCAAGGCAACGCCGGCGACUGAUGUCUUUGCUUUUGGGGCAUUCCUUCUGGAGGUCACUUGUGGACGAAGGCCAAUCCAGCAAGAUGAGCACAACAACCGCACCGUGCUCGUGGACUGGGUGACUGAGCGUUGGCGUAGGGGAUUGAUCAUUGACGCGGCAGACACGAUGAUCCCUGACGGUUUCAAUCCUGAUGAGGUCUCUCUGGUACUAAAGCUUGGUCUGCUUUGCUCGCAUCCGUUGCCCAACGCAAGGCCAACCAUGAGGCAGGUCAUGCAGUACCUCGACGGCGACAUGAUCCUUCCGGACUUGUCACCGGAGUAUUUCGGCUUCACCGUGAUGAAGCGGAUGUAUAGCAUGGAGUUGAGCCAGGAUACGAUGCCAUGCCUCGUAUCCUUGGUCGUCCUGCUCCUCGUGAUUCAUGUCCCCUCGUCGUCCGCCGACGACGGCGACCAGUUCAUUUACCAAGGCUUCACCGCGUCGGACCUCGCACUGGACGGGCUCGCCGCCGUGACGCCCGGCGGCCUCCUCGCGCUGACCAACGCCACGUUCCAGGCCAAAGCGCACGCGUUCCGCCCAACCCCCGUUCACUUCCUCAACGCGUCCUCCUCCGCCGCGGCGCGGGCACGGUCCUUCUCGACGUGCUUCGUCUUCGCCAUCGUGUCCGAUAUCGAGGGGCUGAGCGACCAGGGCCUCGCCUUCGUGGUGGCCCCGACCACCAACUUCUCCGCGGCGAAAGCCGGGCAGUACCUGGGCAUCCUCGGCGCGAUCAACGGCACGGCGAGCGACCCUGUCCUGGCGGUGGAGCUGGACACCAUCAUGAACCCGGAGCUCCGCGACAUCAACAGCAACCACGUCGGCGUCGACGUCAACAGCCUCGUGUCGGAGCAGGCCACGCCGGCCGGCUACUACGACGACGCGGACGGCGGCGCCUUGCGGGGGCUGCAGCUGAACAGCCGGAAGUCGAUGCAGGUGUGGAUCGACUACGACGCCCAGGCCGGGCAGCUCGACGUGACGCUAGCUCCAGUGCAGGUGCCAAAGCCGACCAGGCCUCUGAUCUCCACGGCCGUCGACCUCUCCACGAUCGUCGCUCGGGGCCCGAUGUACGUAGGGUUCUCGUCGUCGUCGGGAGUCCUGAACACGCGCCACUACGUGCUCGGGUGGAGCUUCAGCCUGGACGGACCGGCCCCACCUCUGGACAUGUCCAAGCUCCCCGUCCUGCCACGCCUGGGUCCCAAGCCUCGGUCCAAGGUGCUGGACGUCCUGCUGCCACUCGCCACCGCGCUGCUCGUGGCCGCCGUGCUCGCGGCCGUCUUCUUCGUCGUGUGGAGGCGGCGCCGGUUCGCCGAGGUGCGGGAAGACUGGGAGGACGAGUUCGGCCCGCACCGCUUCUCGUACAAGGACCUGUUCCACGCCACCAACGGGUUCAGCGACAGGAACUUGCUCGGUGUCGGAGGGUUUGGGAGAGUGUACAGAGGAGGAGUGCUCCCAUCGUCCAGUGGCCUAGAGAUCGCGGUCAAGAGGGUGUCGCAUGAUUCCAGGCAGGGCGUCAGGGAGUUCGUCGCGGAGGUGGUGAGCAUCGGCCGCCUCCGGCACCGGAACCUCGUGCAGCUGCUAGGCUACUGCAGGCGCAAAGGCGAGCUCAUCUUGGUGUACGACUACAUGGCGAACGGGAGCCUUGACAAGUACCUGUACGACCAGCAAGUGCCGGUGCUGUCGUGGCACGAGAGGUACCGGAUCGUCAAGGGCGUCGCGGCGAGCCUCCUGUACCUGCACGAGGACUGGGAGCAGGUCGUCAUCCACCGGGACGUAAAGGCGAGCAACGUGCUGCUCGACCACGAGAUGAACGGCCGGCUAGGCGACUUUGGACUGGCAAGACUGUACGACCAUGGCACCGACCCUCAGACGACUCACGUGGUCGGGACCAUGGGGUACCUCGCGCCGGAGCUCGUGCGCACGGGGAAGGCGACGCCCUCCACCGACGUCUUCUCCUUCGGCGUGUUCCUCCUGGAGGUCGCCUGCGGGCGGAGGCCCAUCGACCGCGACGUCGACCGCGAUGGCCGGGUCGUGCUGGUGGACUGGGUGAUCGAGCACCACCGCAACGGAUCGGUCCUGGACGUGGUGGAUCCGCGGCUCGUGGGGAAGUACGAGGCGGAGGAGGCGACGCUUGUGCUGAAGCUAGGUUUGAUGUGCGCGCACCCGUGGCCUAACGUGAGGCCCACCAUGCGUAGGGUCGUGCAGUAUUUGGACUCCGACCAGACGGCUCCUCUUCCUGAUCUGUCACCGACCCACUACACGAGCUACAGCAUGAUGUCACUGAUGCAGAAUGACGGGUUUGAUUCGUACAUAAUGGCGUCCGGCAAGUCUCAUCCAUCCAUGACUAGCAUCGGUUUAUCCUCUGUGAGUGUUUUAUCAGAGGGAAGAUGAUCCGUCUUUUCUGUAGCUCAUGCAUGCGGUUGCCAGCACAUUUCGAAUGCAGAAAGAAUAUCCUUGAAAAUAGAAAUAUGUUUUUUCCAAUAUAUACCCCCAAUCUUUUUCAA